GUAGUAUGAAUACAGUAAGGACACACAAAAUAGCCAGAUCUAUCUGAGACUUCCCCAACACUGCUAUCUUCAUGGGAUAUAGCCCUCUACUGCGUGGGAGGAGCAUCCAGAUACAUUGUUAGGUGAUUGAAUAGGAAAUUAGUUCAUUCCUAAUAAAGUUCAGCAGGGAAAAUUGCCCUAUUAAUUUCCAUAUCUUGCAACACAUUUAUAUAACCAAUACUUUACGACAAUAUGCUGAAGCUUGAAGUCACUUAGUAUUUGUCACAAAGUAUGCAGAUUUUGUAAGCAAGACCAUCUCUGAAAUAUUCUUAGAAAGCAUUUCUAACUUGUUAGAUCUUUGGUGCAAUUCCGAUUUUCAGCCUUAGCCUAAUAAUAUGCCAAAGGCCUGUGAAGAGGUGACACAAAUAUUAAAACUUAGGAGAUACUUGGCUAGGUUGAGUAGAGAGGCAAAAUAAACUUUUCUUUGCUUCAUUUGUUUUCUUUCAGGAAAUAUUGAUAGAUCCCUCAAAAAACUUUUGAUCAAAAAUCAACCUAUAAGUUAAGCAAGCUUACUUUUCAAUAACAAUCUUUAGAUGUUCUGUUUUCAGAGUCUUUUCCCUAAAAUUAGUACAUUAGAGGACAACUGGAAGGCUUCGUAAAAAUAUUUUUUCUCAGAUUUACUGUAGGCUGGUUGACAAAAUCUAGGUUUUUACCCAUUUCUAAAUCGUCAUAAAAUUAAUUCAGUUGAUAAAGCCCCACCACACAGGUAAAGGAACUGUAAAAAUUAAUCGAUAGUACCAAUCAUUAGAGGGACCUUCUAUGUGACGUUGUCUUAGCUAUACUCUUUUCUCAUGAAAGGCCUAGCAUUGAAUUUUAUGAUUAGAUAAGGAUUUCUCCAUGCUCAUCUUCACCUUCAAAAUUAGAGGCAAGUUAUCAAAGUUUUUCUGGUGAAAUUACAGUAAUUUUAUUCAAAUUUUCUGAGGGGUACAAAAAGGGUACUCUUUUACUUGUAAAACCAGUAUUUGAUUAGCAGUCAAUCCUUUUAACAUUUUGUGAAGUCUACAGUACCAACCAAUAGGAUAAUAAACUUUUUAUCGAUGAAUCUUUGAGUAAAAAUCUCUGAAAAAUCCAUUUCUGAAUUUAAAGGAGACUUUAAAAACAGAACAUUUGAGCAAGGUAUAGAUCUAAACUCGAUUUCACCAUAAAAUUCUUAAGCUUUGAAAAUUCUGAUUAAUCUCCCACAGAUCUUUCGUUUAGUCCCGCCCAUUGGAAUUAUCUGAAGAAUUUUCUGAUGAAUUUUUCCUUCAUGAACCAUGGGUCUAGCAGGUGAGAGAAAUUUCAAACAUUUUUAAUAAAAAGAGAUAGACCUAAGCUAGAGCAAAUAUCUCUGAAGCUCAAGAAAUAAAUUUUAGUCAUAGUAUAACUUUUAAUCCCUUCAGCUGAUGAUUCUAAUGGUUAGAGUGUUUCUUUGCUCCAUCUUCGAUUACAUAAUCCACUCGUAUGGAUUGAUGAAUAAAGAAAAGGAGGUAACCUCAGCCAAGGGAGCUUUCUUCUGUUUCAUAUGAGCUCCUUUAUUGGUUAUUUGAGCCCUUUUCUUACCCUCGUUUUCAAAUAGGCCUUGGAUAAAAUGGGAAAUUUUGAACAUAUAAACCAUGUUUGAUAUUUGUUCCUAUUCUUCGAUAGAUGAGUGCUAAAAUUAAAAAUUUGUCUUUCCAACUGAUGCAUGGUAAGCUAAGCAAUUUAUUUCAACCAAGAGUGUUCAAACCUUCUUUCUUUGUUUGAUUUAAAAAGAGGCUCUGCUUACCUGUUUCAAUUUACCAACUGAUCUCAGUAGGCCCUACUUUAUUUGGGUGACUUAAUUAAUUUACCUCCUCUAUUGCCAACAUUUUAGAAUAAAAUAGGUGCUUGCACUUUAAAAUACGUCUUUGAGGUCUUUUGGCUUGCUUAGAAGCGGUUUUUGAUUCUAUCCAAACCUUGCCAUCUCGGUACUAAACUACUUAAAGAGAGAAAAUUUCUACAAGUUAAUAAUAAAUAUUUUUAAAGAUAUGCAACAAAUUGACGACCUAACCUUGAUAAGACCACUUGGAAGCGGAGGAUUUUCAAAGGUUUACCUUGCAGAGUUUUGUGAUGGUAGACAAUAUGCAGUGAAAGUGAUGGCCAAUAAAAACCCUAGUAUGAAUCAAAAAGUCAUAGAAGCUACUCAGAAAGAGCAUCAAGCCAUGCAAUUCUUCUCAGAGCACCCAAAUAUUCUCACUUCUUACUACAUGGAAGAGAAUGGGUGCAGAGAAGACAACGGAGUCAUUGAGGAAUGAACCUAUCUUGUACUUGAGACUUGUGUGAAUGGGACACUUUCCCAUUUAUUAGCAAGAAAUGGAGCGCUAAUUGAGCCUGUGGUAAAAUUCUACUUCACACAACUUCUCUCAGCCGUAGCAUAUAUUCACAGUUUGGGGUAUGCUCAUUUGGAUAUUAAGCCUCAGAAUAUCCUGUUUGAUGAGAACUAUAAUAUCAGACUGGCUGAUUUUGGAACAAUAGAGGAAGAUGUCCGCCAGGACGGUCUCUGCUGUUGGAAGAAAGGGACUGAUAGUUUUAUGGCUCCUGAAAUAAAGAAUAUGAAAAAGCUCCAAAAGCCGUAUAACAUGUACAAAGCUGACGUUUACUCAUUAGGAAUGACACUCUUAAUAAUGCUAACAAUGAAGCAUCCUUACUCAAAGGAAAAUAAUAAGAAUGAUGACUUUAUUUCGACUAAUAAUUCAGGAGAUAGCAUAAGUUCCUUAUCUAAUAAUUCUGAGUCUUUUGCUAGAAUGAAUGAACUUGAAGAAGAGCUAGGUGUAAUGAAUUUGAUCUCAUUCAUGCUCCACCCUGACCCUAGCAUGAGACCAACUUGUGAAGAGAUUUUCACUCAUCCAUGGAUGAAUGACUCUUCUCUAGACAUCAGAAAUGAUGAAGUAUACUCCCAGGUUUGCUCUGGGAAAGAUCCUUUAUUCACUCACAAUACAGUUACUUAUAAUUAAUUGAUUGUUUUAAAAAUUCCAGUAAACAUUGUCACUU